AUGUCCGGCUUGGAUCUUAAUGCUACACCUACAGAAGAUGUUGAAAUGGACGAUGUGGAACCGCUAUUUUGCACUCAAGCUGUCCCAGAACCAGUUGUAGGCGAAUCUCAGGACCCAGAUUCUGAUGUCCAUGAAGCUGUGGUUGCUAAUUCUGAUAGAUAUAGUGGCAGGGGACAUGAACACAACGGGGAGCAAGCAGCAACUGCUGGAAACCAAAGCUUCCCUACAACAACUUUUCCUACAGAUACCACCACCAACCCUGAUUUUGCUGAAGGUGGAAGUGAUGGAGAAGCAGUUGGAAUCACCGAAGAAAUUUUGUCCAGUCCUCAAGAACCUUUUCUUGGUAUGCGAUUUGAUACCCUAGCUGAUGCAAGAGCUCACUACAAUGCUUAUGCUGCAAAAUUGGGAUUCUCUAUCAAGAAUAAUACAUCAAAAAAGAAAGCACAUACAAAUGAACUUGAGAAGCAGCAGUUCGUGUGCAACAAGUAUCGCGCACCAAAAACUGAGGAACAAAUGGAGCAAGAAAGAAUGGCCUUUACUGAAGAUGUUAGCCCUGUUGAGCUUGAUGAUGAUAAUGAUGAGGAACAGGAAGCUGGACCAUCAAAAAAGAAAAAAACUGCCAGCAAGUUUGGGGUUAAGCGAAAGAGAGAAACCAUCAAGCAGACAAAGUGUCGAGCAAGAAUGUUUGUGAAAUUGAUUAAUAACAAGUGGGAGGUGACUUAUUUUAUUGCAGAGCAUAACCAUCCAAUGAUUGUGAAACCAUCUUUGAUAAAAUACUUGAGAUCUCACAGAGGAAUUCCAAGAGAUGAGAAAGAAUUUCUAAGAUGCCUUCACAACUGCAACUUGGACACAGGGCGCAUGAUGGAGGUGAUGUCUGAAUUUUAUGGUGAAGAUUGCAUUGUACCCUAUGGCCCGAGAACAAUAUCAAACUUGAGGUCAUCAUUCAGAAGCGAGAACAAAGAGCUAGACAUAAGUGACACACUUGAGUAUUUCAAAGAGUUGCAGCAAAAAGACCCAGAAUUCUUCUACGAAUUCUCCUUCGAUUCAGAAAACAGAGUUGAACACAUUUUUUGGGUUGACAGUUUGGCGAGAAAAGCAUAUGCAGAAGCAUACCAUGAUUGCAUCUCGUUCGACACUACUUUCUGUACAAAUAUCUUUAGCAUGCCGUUUGCACCAUUCAUUGGUAUAAAUAGACAUGGUCAGUCAUUUAUGUUGGGUUGUGGUUUCCUAAGAGAUGAAAAGGAAGAAAGUUUUGAAUGGCUGUUCCGCGUCUUCUUGAAAGCAAUGAAAGGGAAGCAACCAACAAACAUAAUUACAGACCAAGAUUGGGCUAUGAGAAAUGCAAUAGCUGCUAUUUUUCCAUUAUGUUGCCAUCGAAACUGCAGAUGGCACAUAAUGAAAAAAGCUAAUGAGAAACUUGGAUCAUUCCUAGGACGACGUCCAGGCCUGGCUGAAGAUUUCAAUGAAUGUGUUGACGAGAGUAUGACUGUAGAAGAGUUUGAAGCAAACUGGGCAGAGUUGAUUCAGAAAUGGGACUUGGCGCAGAACGAAACAUUCAUUUGGUUGAAGGGUCAUGCUCAUACAUGGGUUCCAUGUUACUUCAGGGAUCGCUUCUUCCCCUUCUUGCAGUCAACUCAAAGAAGCGAGGGAUUCAACGCUGUUUUAAAGCGGUGCAUUAAUCCAGGAAAUUCAAUCAAGCACUUUGUGAGGCGGUAUGAGAAACUUCGAGGCCAAAAUAUUGGGCAAGGAGGGCAACAAUGA